AUUCCUGGCGGAAGGGUUUCGGUGCUGUGCCGGGAUUUCCGGUCCGUCCGUGUGACAGGUCCGCCGGUGAUGGGGGCCGAGGAGUUGGUGGUGGCCGCCGUGCGGGCGUUGAACGGGCUGCUGCGGCAGCGCCGGCUCCACAGGGCCCUGGCGGCCGUCAAGGGAUUCCGCAACGGGGUGGUGUAUGGAGCCAAAAUUCGAGCCCCACAUGCUCUUGUAAUGACCUUCCUGUUUAAGAAAGGAAGUCUACUAGACAAACUGAAGGCCAUCGCGCUCGCCACCUACACUCAUUCCCGAAACCUGGCCCUCUUUGUCUUCACGUACAAGAGUCUGUUGGCAGCUCAGCACUGGUGGCAGGGUGAGAAGGCACAAUUCCACUCAUUCUUGGCUGCUUGUGUUGGAGGCUGGUUGGUGUUUGGAGAGAAUAACCACAUCAACAGUCAGAUAAAUAUGUACCUGCUGUCUCGCGUUCUCUUUGGACUUUCACGACUGGCUGUCGAGAAGGGUUACUUCCCAGAGACAAAGCGGGACCCGUUCCCGCUGUUUGCUACAUUCGUGUGGGGUCUCGUCCUCUGGCUGUUUGAGUACCACCCACACACUCUGCAACCAUCACUCCAGUCAUCCAUGACCUACCUCUAUGAAGACAGUGAUGUUUGGCACGAUUUAUCGGACUUUCUGGUUUACAACAAAAAGAGGACUGACACUAUCUGAUCUGCUGAGUACUUUCAGAUGACCCACAACUGUUCUGCAUCACACAGUUCCAGCGUUGUUUAUAUUCCCUUCACUGCUCUCAUUCAUGUCCCUCUGCACUUCCUCCAGACAGAUCAGCUGUGAUUUACCAGCAGUCAUCAGAUUGCCUUCGAGCAUGAUAACAGCAUUUAUGUCACCCCCACCAUAUCACAGAUAUUCCUUUUAGUUUUCUCCACUCCUUGCUCUUUCUGCAACAUAACUGUGCCGGAAAAUUUAAAAAAAAACAAAUUCAGAUACUCUGCAGGUCAGACAGCAUCUGUAGAGAGAGAAGCAGCUAAAGUUCUGAUGAAGGGUCCCAGACUUGAAACCUGAUACACUAACUCUUGUUUCUCUCUGCAGAUGCAGCCUGACUUGCUGAGUAUCUGUGGCAUUUUUAUUUCAGAUUGUGAGCCUCUGCAGUUCUUUUCCAAUUAAUGAAAUUCUGGGCUUGAUAUCAAGAGAACUAGAAUACUGGGGUGUAGGAUUUAUUUUACAGCCAUAUAAAACAUUGGCUGGAUUAUACUUGGAGUAAUGUGAGUAGUUCUGGGCAUUACACUUUAGGAAAGAGGGGAGCAAUGCAGAAUAACCAGAAUAACAUGGAUUUAGUUCUGCAAACUAAAAAUGCAUUCUCUUGAAUUUAGAUGAUUGUUGUGUUCAUUUAUUUCAAUUUUAAAUAUUAAAACUGAGAUAAUGCAAGAUAUUCAAUGUAAAAAGCAUUUACAGGUCACCAAGGGUGGCUCUUAUGUGGAGUGCAUCAUUUCAAUUUUUUUUCCUCUGGAUGGAUAUCUAAUGUUAAGUUGCAGUUUGCUCAUUGUAAUAUUUAAUACUAGAUUGUUG